AUGAAAAAUAUUGAAAUUUCUUAUCUUCUUUCCCAACAAAAAUUAUCAUCACACUGUUUUUCAAAUUAUGUUCAUUCAAAAUAUAUAAAAACCAAUGAAAUUCUAAAUAAUAAUAUUUUACUCCCAAUAAAAGGAACCAAAGAUUCUUUCUUUAUAACCUUGGGAUGGAAUGAUAAAAAUAGUGGUGAUAAUUUAUCAGAUUUUAUUACAAAAUUCCAAGAAAAUGAUAAUACCUCCAUUGAUAACAAUAAUAAUAAUUAUAAUAAUAAUAAUAAUAAUAAAAAUCAAUGUAUAAUAUUAAGAGGUGAUAAUACCAAUUCAAACUUAAAUUUGAAAUUGGAUAUUUUAAAUAAUUUAAAUCAAAAAUCAAAUUCAGAUUUAUUUUCAAAAUUAGUUAUUUCAAAUAAAAUUAUUGAAAAAUGUUUUCAAAAACAAGAAUUAACUAAUAUUAUUAGCACUUUUUAUUUUGAAAAUGAAUUUAAUAAUAUUAAAUUUAUAAAUAUUGAAAUUAUUUUAAUUGAUAGAUCAAGUGAUAGUGGUGAAAUUAAAUUAAAUGAAUUCGAAUCAGAUAUGAUAUCAAUUAUAAGUAAAAAUGAUCAAGAUUUAAUAAAUUCAAAGAAUCAAUUAAUUCAAUUAUUUUCAGAAUUGGAAUUAGGUAGUGAUUUAAAUUCUACAACAAAUAAUGAUUCAAAAUUUAAAGAGAUAGUUCAAGUUUGGAAUGAUUGUGUAACAAUGGAAUCAUUAAAAAAUUAUAUCUACUAUAAAGAGAUUGGUCCAACUGAAAAGAUUUUAAAUACAAAAUUAUCAACAAAUAAAAAGAAUUAUUUAAUAAAAUUAUUAAGAGAACAAAUAAUUGAAAUCUUAUUAAAAUCAAUUAAUAAUCAAUUCAAUAAUAUUAAUAAAGAUUUAAAAAUUGAUUCUUUUGAAUUAAAUAGUUUUUCAAAAUUAUCAAUUAUUGAAUUACCACAUUAUAUUAUUGAAAAUUCAACAUCUUCAACAACAGCAUCAUCACCACCAGCAUCAUCACCACCAGCAUCACCAUCAUCAUCAUCAUCAUCAUCAUCAUCAUCAUCAUCAUCAAAAUUAUUAAAUAAUAAUUCAUUAUUAUUAAAUUAUUUUAAUGAUUAUAUUCAAGAGAUGUUUCAUAAAGAUAUGAAUGAAUCAUUUAAUCAUUAUAAAAUAUAUCCAAGUAAUUCAUUUGUAUAUCAAUUACAAAGUGUAUUGAAUCAUUUAGAAUCAAAGAUAGUUAAAGAAGAUGUAAAGAAAGGUUUGGUUUAUUCAAAUUCAUUGGUUAGAUCAAUUGAUGGACUAUUUACAUUUGGUCAUGAUACUGGUAUUGUAGAAUCAACUUAUCAUGAAUCAAUUUAUAAAGAGUAUUCAAUGUUUGAACCUUCAAAAGUAUUCUCACAAUCACUUGCAUCACAAUUUCAACGUUAUCAAACUGAUUUUCAAUUAUUUAAUCAAAAGAAAUCAACAAUUCUAUUAAAUAGUUUAAAAAGAUAUUAUAUAUUUAAUAUUAAUUGUAAUGGUGGUAAUGGUAGUAGAAAUAGUGUGAAUUCAUUUGAUGAAAAAUUGAAAUUAUAUGGAUUAAAAUCAAUUUUAGAAGUACCAAUCACUUCAUUCGUAAAUAGAUUAGAAUUUUCAACUUUUAAUAAUACAUUUCAAGAUUUAUUAAAAGAGAAAACUGAUAAUUUCCUAAAGGAUACAGAGAAUAUUUUAAAAUUAUCAAAUAUUGAACCUGAUCAAUAUUCAAUUGGUCAAUAUAAAUUAUUUAUUAGUGAAAUUGCAUUAAUAGAAUUGAAAAGAUUAAAAUCAUUAAUUUUAAAAAAUGAUCAACCCGCUGAUCAUAAAUAUUCAACACCAAUUAAAACAAAGAUUACCGAUACUAGUAACUAUCCAAAGAGUUCAACCAAGUCCCACACAAAAGAUUCUCGUUUUUCUAAUCAUGAUGAAAUUACUUCACCAACUAAAUUAUUAUUAAAUUUAGAAGAAAAUAAUAAUAAUAAUAAUAAAAAUAAUAAUAAUAAUAAUAAUAAUAAUAAUAAUAAUAAUAAUAAUAAUAAUAAUAAUAAUAAUAAUAAUAAUAAUAAUAAUAAUAAUAAUAAUAAUAAUAAUAAUAAUAAUAAUAAUAAUAAUAAUAAUAAUAGUUUUGAUGAUAGUAGUAAUAAUAAUAAUAGCAACAUGGAUAAUAGUAAUUAUUUAAAUGGUCAAAUUCAAACAGAUGAAAAUGGUCCAUUUCAAAUCCAAUUCCAAUUACAACAUGCUGAAUUAGUAAAACAACAAAAACCAGAUUUACAACAAGUUUCAAUGGUUGAACAAACUCAAGACAAAGACCUCAGUGGUGGUGAUACUAUUAUUGGUGAUGAUAUUGAUCAAUCAUUAUCAACAAUUGGACAACAACAAAACAGUAAUGGUGAGAAUAAUUAUGAACAAAAUCAAAGAAAAAGUAGUUUGAUCAAUAAUAAUGAAAUUAUAAUUGGAGAGUAUAACCAUAUUUUAAUAUUAUUUCAAAAUACUAAAAUUAUUCAAAUUAGUGAAAAGAGUCCACAAAUUGAAGUUAAUAGACAUUUAAUAUAUCUUGAACAAUAUUUAAAGUUUCAACUUUGUGUAUCUGCAAAUACUGGAUUUUAUGAAAUUUUUGAAACAGUUAGAAUUUUCAUUGAAUCUUUAUAUUUUCUUUUAAAGAAAUCAAAUGACCAAGAUUUAUUUAAAAAUUUAUUUAAAACUCAUAUUAAUGAAUAUAUUCUAACAUUUUUAAACAUGAGUAUAAAUUUAGUGAUUGACCAAGACGAUAAGAAUAAUACUAAAUAUGUAACUGACAGUAAAAUGAUUAAUGUUAUUUCAAAGUAUUUAACAGCAGUACCACAUAAUGAUGUUAAUUUCGAAAUUUAUUACUCUGAAUUAAAUGGUAUAAUGGUACAUUUAAAUUAUUUAAAAAUGAUUAUAUUUGGUCAUUUCCCAAAUGAUUUAUAUUAUGCAACUGAAAAUAUAUUGAUUUCAUUAAGUUUAAUUACAUCUAAUCAAAAUGUUGUUAAUGCAAUGGCUUUGAAAAUUGGUUGGUUAAUUAAAGAAGGCGUUCAUUUAGUGGCAUUGCUAUCUAAAUUAAUGACAAUAUUAAUUGAUGAAAAUCUUCAAGUUUUAAUCAUUAGAAUAGCAAAAAAUAUUGUAUUUAAUGAAGAAUUUAGUAAAGAAUUUUUCAAGACUGGUUUAAUAGGUUCAAUUGUAAAAAGAGUAUCUAAAGGUUAUAUUGAAGUCAUUAGAGAAUUUAAAGAACUUUAUAUUGAAAUUAUUAAAGCUUAUACUAAACAACAACAAGAAAAACAAGAACAACAAGAACAACAAAAUCAAGAAAAAGAAAAAGAAAAAGAAAUUGAUACAACAACAACAGCAACAACAACAACGGCAACAGAAAUAAAUAACACUGCCACAGAAACAGUUAUAUCUCCAAAGAAUAGCUUGGCUUCACCAAUACAAGAUAAAGGUGAAUUCUUUAGAAUGUGUAUUCAUCAAUUUCAAAUUAUUAGUGUUUCAUUAUUAAAGUAUCUUUUAUCAGUAGAGUCAAACUCUGAAGAAUUUAAAAUCAUUGUAGAUUGUUUAAAUUCUUUAUUAAAUAAUGCACAAAUAAUGAAAUUCUUUGAAGAAGUAUUAAAAGAUCAAGCUCAUUCAAUCUUUUUAAAUUGUUUAAUUUUGAAAAAGAAAAAUACCAAUAAAACAUUGGAAUCAAUUCAAAUAUUAAAUCCAACAAACGAUUUUAAUGAUUAUUGGGAUUGGAGAAAUAAUCUUACAACUGAUCAAUCUAAAUUGACAAAAUAA